CACACCAUCAGCCAGUCUGCUCUCAGUCAUUCUCCCUGCGCACAGCUGAGGCUCCACAUCCUCCUCCUUCACACACCGGCCAGCACUGCUCUGACAAAACAGGGGAAAGACACACAACUGUACGCAAACUGAGGAAAACAGCAAGAGCAUCAGGAUGAGGAUGAGUCUGUGUUGUCCCACACAGACCAUGAAGAGCUUCACACCUCCCCUGGUUCUCCUCCUGCUCCUCCUGAGCAGCAGCAGCAUCAGGGCCGUCCCUCCUCCGUUACAGCUGGCCCCUGACACCCCGGCCCCGGCUGAGCCCACCCCGACCCAGGCUACACCCCGGCCGGACCCCUGCGAAGGCCGACCCUGCCUAAAUGGGGGCUUCUGCCUGGCCCUCACCUCUGCCGGCAGGCCAGAGGACACCUGGGAGUACGCUUGUACAUGCAGCCAAGGAUUCACCGGACGCAACUGUGAGUUUUUCACAGACCCUUGUGCCAGCAGCCCCUGUCUCCAUGGAAACUGCAGCCGGAGCGAUGGUGAUGGAGAGGGGGAGCCGGCCUACACCUGUGAGUGCAGUGAUGGCUACGAGGGGGAGAAGUGUGAUCAGAUCCUAUUGGACCUUCCAGCUGCUGACUGGGACCCAGCCACCCCCUCCGCCCCCGAACUGGCCACCCCCGUCACUUCCACAACCACGGCCGCCACUCAGCCACCGCAGCCAACCACCGUCCCCUCAACCACAACUCCAGCACCUCCCACCCUGCAACCAUGGCAACCUAAACCCGGACAGAGGAUGCUGGUGGUGCCAUGGGAGGCUGACAGGGUAACUGAAGGUCUGCACUGUGUCAGCCCUGAGCUGUGUGAGCUGACAUCAGGAACUCUAACUCUGUCUGUGGAGGUGCCUGAAGAGACAGCUGUAAAGGUGGUGGUGAAUGCCAGUGGAGCUCCGGUGCUGUGGCGUGUUAACGAAGAAGGCUACCUCCGUUCAUCCAUCGUGAAUGGCACUACAAUGUGGUUCCUGCAGGCCCCUGAUGGACUGGUGGUGCAGGACCACUUGCUGCCGCUGGGGCAGAACUACUUUCUCAGUGUGCUGCGCGUGGGCGCCCCCACAGCCCCGGAGGUCACCCUGCGUCUCAACCUGACAGUGAAGGCCAGCAGCUGUGUGGAGCCAGGCAGCAGCUUCAGUGAUCCGCAGUGCUCUGGGAAAGGCAAAUGCAUCACACAACCCUCUGAGAGCACUUUCUUCUGUGAGUGUGACGACGGCUACACAGGAAUCUUUUGUGAAGAAUUUGACGCCUGCCAUCACAGACCUUGUCGCAACAACGGCACCUGCACCGAUGUUAGACAGGGAGGUGAAGGACGCAACUUCACAUGUACCUGCCCACCAGGUUAUGAGGGGGAGCGCUGCCAGUUGCUGGUCGACCACUGCCUGUCUGAGCCAUGCAAGAAUGGAGCCACAUGUUUCAGCAGCCUGGCUGGGCCCAGGUGCUACUGUCCUGAAGGUUACCAGGGUGCCACAUGUGAGCAGAAGGUGGACCCCUGUGCCUCCAGCCCCUGUCACAAUAAUGGCACAUGCUACGCUCAGGGCCCCGGCCCCCUGGGAUUCGGCUGCAGCUGCACAGCGGGCUUCACCGGCCCCACGUGUGCCCAGCUGGUGGACUUCUGUGCCCUGAACCCCUGUGCCCACGGGGUCUGCCGCAGUGUGGGCAACAGCUACAGGUGUCUGUGCAUCCCAGGCUACCAUGGCUUGUACUGCGAGGAGGAGUACAAUGAGUGUCUGUCUGCACCCUGUCAAAACUACGCCACCUGCAGGGAUCUCAUCAAUGCCUAUGAAUGUGUCUGCACACCACAGUUUGAAGGCAGACACUGUGAAAUCUACAAGGAUCCUUGUCUGAAGAUGCGUUGCCAGAACGGAGGCCGCUGUGAAAGUGCAGGACUGAACGCUUCAUGUGCCUGCCCACCUGGAUAUAUGGGGGAGAGGUGUGAGGUCGACAUCAACGAGUGCGAGAGUAACCCUUGUCACCACGGUGGCACAUGCAUUGACCAAUCAAACAGCUUCACCUGUCACUGUCCACCUGGGUGGGUGGGGCCCAGCUGCGAAAUCCACCUGCAGUGGAAGCCGGCCCACUCUGAGGACACCCUGACCAACAUGCCACGCCACUCCCUCUACAUCAUCAUUGGGGCGCUGUGUGUGGCCUUCGUCCUCAUGCUCAUCAUCCUCAUUGUGGGCAUCUGUCGCAUCAGCCGAAUCGAGUACCAGGGGUCGUCACGUCACGCCUACCAGGAGUUCUACAACUGCCGCAGCAUUGACAGUGAAUUCAGCAACGCCAUCGCCUCCAUCCGCCACGCCAGAUUUGGCAAGAAGUCCAGGCCUGCCAUGUAUGAUGCCACCCCCAUAGCCUAUGAAGACUACAGUCCUGAUGACAAGCCUUUGGUUACCCUUAUUAAAACUAAGGAUUUGUAAGAAAAAAGCAACAACCAUCCCAACACAUACAUAAAAGCCACCACAUACACACAACAUAACACACACAACGUCAGUACAAAUCUUAAAGUAUUUCUUAAGAAAAAAUAAAUAACAAAACUGAAUGUAAAGUGAAGAAUAAAAAAAAGUAAAUAAAAAAUCUAAAUAUACCAUGUACUUUCAAAAGAAGAAAUCUGGAAUUUGAUACAUCUAUUUUCCUGUCAAAGUCCAUGAUAAGGCUUUAUUGUAGCAUAAGAGCAUACUUUGCAUUACCUACGCUGACAAUGAUGAUGGAUGGGCAACACUACCGGUAACCUCUGCUGUACAAUAGAGUGAUGACUUUAGUCUGUACCAGACUGUCUGUCUGUAGGCAGGGCCAGCCACCUAUGAGCCCAGUUUCUAAGUGUAAACUCAGCAGACAGUGCUGACAACAGUCCUUACAGGUGUCGUAGACAUAGGUGCACUCCCUGUGGUGCACACACUGUACCUUUUCUAUAUUUAAAAAAAUUCUGCAGUAGGUUGCCUUACUUUGUGCAUGGUUAGAUUUGAUGUUCUCUCUGCAUUAUUUUAAAACCCUUUGUACUUUGUUGUUGGUUGUUAUAUUUUUCAUUGCAGUUGUAUUUCUCUCUGUCAGCAUUGUGCCAAAUAUUUUCUCUGGGUAAUUUGUGGUUAUAGAUUCAAUACAUACAUGUACUGACAUGAUUAGUCACAUGGGAGCUCAUGGAGAUUUCAUUUAAAUACAUAUUGUCCAGUUCUUUACAUGCAAGUUUCUCAUGGUGUAUGAAUAGUAAAGAAAGUGGGUUUACUGGAGUACUGUGACCCUAGCAUCCUACUGUAUGUAUUUCAGUGAUAUUUGGUAAUAGGUAGGUAUUAUCUCAAUGCACAGAAACAUAGUCGGUUUAAUGCGACGUACCUGUUAGAACCAGUGUACAGAUUCACCUCUAGUAAUGACAGUGUUGAAUAAUUUCUGGACAGUUUGCCAGAGAGGCCUCUUAACUGAGAGAGGAAUAGGAAGCAGCCGAGAGAGAGAGAGCGGAGAAAUGAAGACAGAAGGUAACAUUGACUGCUCCAGUGUAUACUGUGUGUGCUUCUGUGUCCCGCCAAUGGAAAACUCUCUGUCUGUGCAGCUGUGUUGUUCCUCUCAAGGUCAAGCAGUGUUUUAACAAUAGGCUCAACUAAUCCUCUGGUCUUUUUUUCUCUCAUUUUAAAUACAGCAACCACACGAUUACCUAUUAUCUAUGUUGAAUGAUGUAAACAAUAAAAACUCAAGUGAACAUAAUGGA